GGAGGAAGGCGCAGCAGGAAGAAGGAGCGGGCGCACGAGCAGCAACGCGAGGAGGCAGGACGCGCGGGGAGGCAGGCCACAGGCGCUUGCGCCGAACGCGAUGCCACCUGCCGCGGCGGGCUGCCGGCCGCGCGGCCCCCAUGCCUUGCCGCCCGCGCGCCCAGGCCGCGGCGCAGCCCGGCGCUGCGGGCGCCGCCGACGAGGAGCUGCCCCUGCUGGCGCAGUCGCGCGAGGAGGGUGUCCUGCCCAGCGCGGUGGCGGCCGCGCCGCGCCCCGCGGGCGGGCGCGCCGGGCCGUCAGCGGCCAGGGCGCUGCUCGUGGCGGGCGCGGUGGUCGCGGCCUCGCUGGCCGGCUGGGGGACCCGCGGCCGCGACCCCUUCCUGCGCCCGGGCCUCGGCCUCGACCGGUCCUCCGGGCUCGCGGCCAGCGCCGUGCGGCCCUCGGCGGCGGGCACGCAGGGGGGGUCCGGCGGCGCCUUGCCCGAGGGCGCGGCGCGCGCGGCGGGUUGGGAGCCAAGGCGCGCGGGUGAGCAGGGCGUCCAGCCUGCGAGGCUGAUCGAUCUGAGUGCCUCUCCUGAGAUAUUGAGUUUGGUCGGCAGGGUAUCUGGCCUGCACGAUAGCCUCAACAAGCUCUUGCAGACGGUGGUUGCGAUGGAGCUCGUCUACGAGGACCUGGACGCCUCAAACAGCUUGGCCAGCGCAACUGUCAGCGAGGCCAGUGGCAGCGAGGCCAUCGCAACGGGAAGCAUGGUCAACGCUACAGACAACUUGGCCAACGCCAGUGGCAGCGAGGCCGACGCCGCAGACAGCGUGCCCAACGCCAGCUCGGCAAAUGCCAGGGGCAGCGAGGCCACCGCGAGCCCUGAGGCUGAUGCAACGGAUAGCGAUGCCAGUGGAAGCGAGUCCAGCGACACGGGCACCGAGACAAAUACCAUUGGCAGCGAGGCCACCGCCACGGUCAGCGUGGUCAGCUCUACACACAGCCUGGCCAAUGCCGCGGACGGUGAGGCCAACGCCACUGGCAGCGAGGCCAGUGGUGGUCAGGUCAGCAGCGUGAACAGCAAGGCCAGUAGCAGCGAGGCCGAUGCCGCAGGCAACAUGCGCAACUCCACGCCCGGCCCGUCACCCAGCCCGACGCCCAGCCCCACGCCUAGCCCGACGCCCAGCCCCACGCCUAGCCCGACGCCUCGCCCGUCGUCCAGCCCGACGCCCAGCCCGACAGCCAGCCCGACGCUCAGCCCGACGCCGAGUCCCACGCCCAGCCCGACGCCCAGCCCCGCCAAUGCCACUGGCAGCGAGGCCAACGCGAGCCCUGAGGCCGACGCCACGGGUAGCGAUGCCAGUGGAAGCGAGUCCAGCGACACGGACACCAAGACAAACAUCAUUGGCAGCGAGGCCAACGCCACGGUCAGCGUGGUCAGUUCCACAGACAGCUUGGCCAACGCCGCUGGCGGUGAGGUCAGUGGAAGCGAGGCCAGCAGCAUGGGCAGCAAGGUGAGGACCAUGUGGCAGCGAGGCCACUGGCAGCGAGGCCAGUGGCAGCCAGGCCAGUGGCAGACGGACAGCGAGGCCAGUGGCAGCGAGGCCAACGCCACGGGUAGCGAGGUCAAGGCCGCAGGCGCCGAGCUCAGCGGCACGGGCAUCGUCGUUAACGAUACUGGCAGCGCUGUCAAUGUCAUUGGCGGGACCGAAUGGCGAUGGCAGUGGCGCAAUCUAAUAUCUGGUGGUGCUGACAAUGGCACAGGCAACGCUGCAAGCCGCAUGGGCAAUUUGGCCAAUGCCAUUGGCGGAGUGGCCCAACUUAGUGGCGGUGCGGCUAAAGCCACUGGCUCCAGCCAGUGACUCGGUCUUGACGCAGUCAGCGCGAGCAGUAAGGCGAACUGUCCUGGUCGAACCCCCUGACACGCCAGUCUAGCGCCGCCGGUUCCAGGUUCUUUGUUGUCCCCAGUGCAUCGAAUUCACUUGCACUUGCAGGUAAUGUGGGCUGGUGAUCUGGAAGCUCCCAGUCGAGCCCAGCAGCUCUUUGGGGCGGUGUCUGGGGCGUCCUGGGUUCACAAUUGCCUUGUCGCCCUCGUCUAAUCAUCACACACGCGCUCGGCAUGUCAAAUAUAGCCCCUGGCUGGUGGCCACCUCGCCGAGUCGAUCGAUUCAUUAUGCCUGGCCAGGAGCACGCGCCAGGGCCUGGCCUGGCAUUGUACUCAGCAUGGGCCUCGACUGGACUGGUGCCGGUGACCUGGCGCCUGUCGAGGCGGCGUGGUCGCAGAGUCCGCCUCAGAAGAAGUAGCAGUAGCAGCUACAGCUCAGUUAUGCAGCAGGCAGUUUGUUGACUAAGGCAUCACUGACCCCGUCAAACAUUCGUCAUGCUGUCUGUAUCACUUGGCGCUGGCACAAGUCAAGCGUCUUAUCGAGACACAUUUGUAUAUUGGGUCAGCGUUGAAUGUUCAAGGUGAGGUCGUGUGCCAGUAUCCAUCGAUCGUCGAAAGUAGGCACUCCUUGGAUUCCCAUAUCCCGAAAUAAUUUGGGCGUGUUCCUACUUCAAAUGUCGAAUCGUGUUCCCUUUUCCUCUCCUCUCAGGGGGCGGGUGGAGAUCCAGUAUGCUUCCACCAGCUGUCUACUUCAUGUUUCCACCCACUUCUUCCGAGCGAUGGGUACGGAGGGCAGUCACCUGUCACCCUUCUGUUCACAGUCACAAUUGUGUUCAGGCUUGAAACCCAACGGCGUCGACCCACGAUCCACGACAGGACACCGGGGCAGCAGCAGCGAAGGCCGUUGAAGACGCGCAAAAAAACAUCCGUUGUAAAUAGCUGUCCAGUUGGUGCACUCUCCUGCGUUUUCCUGUGUCGCUCAAGCCCGGCAUUCGUCGAGUCCUGGGCGCUUGAUCCAGGAACGAGACUGAUCCUCCUCGGCAAACGACUUGUCCCCUGUGAUUGGAGCCUUACUUGCUGUCAUGUUACCAUCUUGUUUUUUCC